GAUGCCGAUCCCUACAAUCGCCAGAAGUACUCGUCGUCGGCUUCGCGUACCCCUACCCAGAGGGCCGCCUAUCUCUCGUCGCAACCCACCAUGGACUCGACCGCUGCACGCCGCUACUCGCCCAUGAACACCACCUCUCCGACCUCGCCCUACACGACCAGCCCGAAUCAAUAUACUCCCAACCAGAUGCGACAAUCGCCUACGCGUCACAUGUACUCGUCGCCUACCCAGUCGCGCCCGAACCUGCCCCCGAUCCAGUCCAACUCGGACUUCUACCCAUCGCCCUUCAACCAAAGCGGCCCUCACUCGCCGCGCCUGCCUCCUCCCAACCAGCCUCAGUCUGAGCCACCUACUCGCGGCCCGGUCCCAGUCUUCACAAAGUGCGACAAUGUCGCCGAUUUGCAUCCGCGCGUCAAUGCCCAGCCGCCCUUCCGGAGAGCUCAUCCUGAUGGCGGUUUCAUCUCGCCUCUGCAGGCUUUGACUACACAACUGCCAGCGACAUACCGGAUCUGCAACCCAAACUUCCAGUAUGAAAGUUCGCGCAAUCCACGCAGAGUCCUCACAAAGCCAUCCAAGGGCACCAAGAACGAUGGUUACGACAACGAGGACAGCGAUUACAUCCUCUAUGUCAAUGACAUUCUCGGCAGCGACGACACCAACAACAAAAAUCGUUACCUUAUUCUUGAUGUUCUCGGCCAGGGAACCUUUGGGCAGGUGGUGAAAUGCCAGAACCUCAAGACGCAGGAGGUUGUCGCCGUCAAGGUGGUCAAGAACCGUACUGCUUAUUUCAAUCAGAGCAUGAUGGAGGUAUCCGUUCUGGACCUGCUCAAUGGACGCAUGGACAAGAAUGAUGACCAUCACAUCCUCCGACUCAAAGAUACAUUCAUCCACAGACAGCAUUUGUGUCUAGUAUUCGAGUUGUUGUCAGUCAACCUAUACGAGCUCAUCAAGCAAAACCAGUUCAGAGGACUAAGCACUACUCUUGUGAGAGUCUUUGCUCAACAGUUGCUGAGCGGCCUAUGUUUGCUCAGCAAAGCUCGCUUGAUUCACUGUGAUCUGAAGCCUGAGAACAUUUUACUCAAGAACCUCGAGAGCCCCAUUAUCAAGAUAAUCGAUUUUGGGUCGGCAUGUGACGAACGCCAGACGGUAUACACAUACAUUCAAUCGCGCUUCUACAGAUCUCCAGAGGUUCUGCUCGGCCUACCGUAUUCAGCUGCCAUCGACAUGUGGUCCUUGGGUUGCAUCGUUGUCGAGCUUUUCCUCGGCCUGCCUCUUUUCCCUGGCUCAUCCGAGUACAAUCAAGUGUCACGAAUCACCGAGAUGCUGGGUCUUCCUCCUACCUGGAUGCUCGAAGUUGGCAAGCAGUCUGGUGAAUUCUUUGAGAAAGCACAUGACGAAUUUGGCCGUAAAACGUACCGUCUGAAGCCAAUGGAUCAGUACUCUCGAGAGCAUGGUACAAAGGAGCAACCAAGCAAGAAAUACUUUUCUGCCACGACGUUGCCUGAAAUCAUUCGCAAUUACCCUAUGCCACGUAAGGGCAUGAAGCAAGCAGAGAUUGAUCGUGAAAUGAACAACAGAGUCGCCUUCAUUGACUUUGUCCAUGGUCUCUUGAACAUCAACCCGCUGGAGAGAUGGACACCACAGCAGGCACGCACUCAUCCUUUCAUCACCCAACAAAAGUUCACUGGCCCCUUCCAGCCUCAGAUGCAUCUCAAACCGUCCUCAUCCCGUUCACCCGCCCCUGGCCUUCAACAGCAGCAACAAGCCGAGGCCCUAUCCAAACAACGUGCCCAGGCUGCACAACAGCAGCAGCAUCAACAGCAGCAGGCCCAGUCUGCUGCAAACGCUGCCUAUGCUGGCAUGCAUAUGCAACCUCCUGGUUACCCAGCCUCUCCUCAUGCCCAACAAUCACCCAUGUAUUCCAACAUGUACACUCCCACACAGCAACAGCAAGCUCCGCCACCAUAUCCUUCGGCCGCUGUCCCCAACACAUAUAACCAAGCGCCAAUGCUGCAGCAACCGCCACCGACCGCUGCCAUGCACGGCCACCAGCCCCAGCAACAUGCGUACCAGCACAACCAGCCUCAGUCGUCGCUCUACGCACAGGCGACCACACGAGCUGGUCGCCAACGUGCAUCUACCAUGGAUAUGGCAAACGGCAUCCCCUCCACGUUGCAAAGAGUAGUGUCUCACCUUGAUCCCAAUGCACCUAUUCGUCUGCAGCCCAGCCCGGCCUACUAUCCUCCUCCCAACGAGCAAACAGGCGACGUCGGCAAUGUCGGUGGAAGGAGACGCAUGAGCAGAGGACCAAGGGAUGCGCGAAGCCAAACGAACUUUGUACGACAGCUCGAGGAUCGCACGCUGGAAGAAGGAUGGACCGGUGGGAACAACAAUGGCGCAGGUGGUGGUGGUUGG